AUGGGCCUUCAUGGGGUAGGAAAUGGAUUGGGUCGAGCUGGAUGGAGGCUGUCAUCGCCAGGAGAUUCGACCGCAUCUCCAACAAGACGUAUCUCCAUCUACAAAUUGAAAAAAAUCAAUUUGGUCAUCCCUGUAUGCAUCUCCAGCAAACACUCUCCAGAAAACCCUAAUUCCAAAUCCAUGGCCGCCAAAGAGACGGAGAUACAGCUGCUGAUCCGAGCUCGACUCCAGCGCUUCUUCCGACUCGUCAUCCCGCCAUUAUUGCCAUCGCCAUCACUGAUGUCGUCCAGUCUUCCCCAUCUCCGAUCUGUAUUCUGGACUCCCCUAUCGACCCUGACUCUCCGCCGCGUUCCUUCCUCUUCUUCCGUUCUUCGCGCAACCGCUUGCCUAUGCCGAGACCCGACGACCAUGGCGGAAACCUCAGCGAGACCCGAAGACGGGUAA